GAAACCAAUUGUUGCUUGGGCAAAACCCUCGCGUAUAAAUAAACUUUGUCCACCGCAAGCCAAAGUCCCUCUCGCUCUCUCACGUCUCUUGCUGCUCUUGCUGUUUGCUUUUGCUGCCUCUCAAUUUUUGUGGUCGGAUUCGAGAGAGACUGCAGUCAUGUUGGUCUAUCAGGAUUUACUCACCGGUGAUGAGCUUCUCUCGGACUCGUUCCCAUACAAGGAAAUUGAGAACGGCAUUCUGUGGGAAGUUGAAGGGAAGUGGGUUGUUCAAGGAGCCAUUGAUGUAGACAUCGGUGCAAAUCCUUCUGCUGAAGGUGGAGGAGAAGAUGAGGGUGUUGACGAUCAAGCUGUUAAAGUUGUUGACAUUGUUGACACAUUUAGGCUCCAGGAACAACCGCCUUUUGACAAGAAGCAGUUUGUCACAUUCAUUAAGAGAUACAUUAAGCUGGUGACACCCAAGCUGGAUCAGGAGACGCAAGAGCAUUUCAAGAAAAACAUUGAGGGAGCAACCAAGUUCCUCCUGUCGAAGCUCAGUGACCUCCAAUUUUUUGUGGGGGAGAGCAUGCAUGAUGAUGGAUCCCUGGUGUUUGCUUACUACAAGGAUGGUGCGGCCGACCCAACAUUUUUGUACUUCGCCCAUGGUUUGAAGGAGAUCAAGUGCUAAGAAAGGGAGGAUAGCUGGCUUCGAAAUGGAAGGUCUUGCUGUAGUUUUAGUUUCUUUUUCAGUACUGUUUCAUGCCUCCCCUCCUAUUCUGGUUUACCUGUUGAUUAACUGUGAUAUGAUUUUCUAUCACUUCUAUUAUCUUAUUUGACAAAUAAUUUAAUCGUUUGAUGGUGGGUUUAUCA